CGUGGUCGACCUAUACCUCGGUUACUAUAGACAGGAUUUAACAAGUUUACACAAAAUGCAGUUACGGAAGUCAUAAAGAGAAUUUAGUUUAUUUCAACAAAUUGGAGAUUAAAAAUGGAAUUUUGGAUAGAUCUAUAGUUUUGUUAUAUGAAUUAAAUUUGAGAUAUUAUAAUUGUGUUAAAUGUCUAUGGUAUUGCAUUUGUCUUUAUUAUUGAAUUUCUCAAUGUACUGUAGGUAAUAUCUAGAUCAUCUAGUUUUACUGUUGUCAGUGUGUACAAUCAUAAUGAAAAUGGCGUUUGGAGGCAGUAUAAAUACUAACGUUCUGCAAGAUGAUACAUUUGAUCUACUAUGUACUAUGUGUGAGCAAAAAGUUAGAAAUAGAGAAGCAGAAAAAUACUGUGUAGAAUGUGGGGAUUAUUAUUGUUUGUCCUGCGCGCAAGUUCAUGACGAGGUUCCAUCACUAAAACGACACAAGAUACUUGACAAAGGAAAGUUUCCAUCAAGGUCAAUCACGGCACGGUCACGUUCCGGCAAGACUCAACCUAUGGCACCAACAGAAAGGUGUGAUCGACACAGUCAUCACUAUAUAGACAUGUACUGUCAGAACCAUGAUGAUGUUGGGUGCGAUACCUGUAUGGCAGUAGAUCACAGGUCAUGCCAAGAUAUCUUUUAUAUACCAGAAUUUCUUCAAAAUAACACAAGGAUAUCUCCUGCGAAGACUACAUUGAAGAAAUUAGAAUCAAUUGCGACAACGCUCAAAGCUCAUUAUGAAAAAUUCCAACGUGGAAAACAAAAGCUUGUGAAAAGAAGAGCUUCAACACUAGGAGAUAUCCUAAAGUUUAGAAAGGAAAUUAAUGAGAGACUUGACGAACUAGAGAAGAACACUGUAACUGACACAGAAGUGAGAUACAAAGCCUUAAUAAGCAAGUUAGAGGAAGAAAUGGAAAUAUUAGAGAUAAACAGAGCCAACAUACAAUCCGCAAGAGACAAGCUUGUAUCUGUUGACAAUAACGUUUCACAAAACUUUGUGAAUGAUACUAAAGGUAAAAAUAUAGCUAUCAAGGCCGAAGAAUGCAUUGAAGUAAGCAAAUCACAACUUCCGACAGAAGAUAUUGAUUUUAGACCAGAUCUAAGAAUAUCUGCUUUGUUACAGGAAUUACCUGCCCUUGGAAAUGUUAAACAGAGAGAAACUAUUAAGAUUGAACAAGCUACAACUGUUAAACAACAAGUUUCAGGUCAGAAAAAUGAAAAUUCAAACUUUUAUAAUGUUAAUAACACUGAACAGGAGGCUUUACUUAAGGUAAAAGGCAACAUGACAUAUCAUGUUGAAGUUCGAUCAGAUACAUUUGUAUGUAAUAUUGUCAGUGCCUGUACUCUGGAGGAUGGAACGAUACUACUGUCUGAUUUCAGAAACUACAAGCUUAAACGUUUAGACAGUUCCUCAUACACAGUCAUAGACUACUGUGAUCUGCCUGUGAGACCAUGGCAAGUUUGUUCCAUCAAUAAAUACCAAGCUGCUGUAUGUUUGCCAAACCAGCUAGAAGUUCACUUUAUUUCACUGUCAAACAGAAUGACAUUAACAAACAAGAUAACAACUGAUUUUUACUGUAGUGGUCUAGCAUAUGCUAAUGACAAUCUGUAUAUUUCAGACUUGCAUACAUCAGUUUAUAUAUACAGUGUAUCCGGAAGAAAGCUGAAGCAGUUCAGUAAGGACCAAUCAGGAAAGGAACUGUUCUCUGACAUCAGUAGUCUGGCUGUCAGUGAGGAUGGUUCAAGGAUUUAUGUUGCUGAUAGUUAUGAUGGACUGAUUAUACUGGACAAUAAUGGAAAGGUUGUUGGAUUAUUUGAUGGUCCACAGUUAGAUUAUGCCUAUUGCAGUUAUCUUACAGGAAGUGGAAGUCUGUUUGUGUGUGGAAGAAACUCCAACAAUGUGCUCCAGUUUGGACUUGACGGUAAACUGAUAGGUGAGGUUGUGAAAUUCGAUGAUGAUGCCCGUUAUCAGGCCAUUUGUUGCAAUCAGCAAACGUCAAGGAUGGUUUUAGGCAGAUCUGAGAAUGAAAUUAGAGUGUAUGACAUAAUAUAGUAACUAUGAUCUCAUUCUGUUAAAAUAAGUGACCACAUUAUAUAGACUUAACUGACAUCAGUCAAUUAUUUGUUUACAUAUUGUAUAUAGAGACUAGACAUUGGUGAAUACCACUCAUAGAGAUAUUAUUUAAUACUUGGAUUAUCAUAUAUUUGUAAAUAAACAUAUCUUGAUAAACAAUGAAGAUGAACAUUAUUUUAUUUUGGUAAUGCUUUUUUCUUCAUUUUAUUUUUAAUUUCUACAGGACUUAAAUGAAACUUAAUGUUGUUUAACUUCGCUAUUCAACAGAAACUUUCCAGAUGCUGUAAAUAAGUAAUCAUCAAAUUUUAUGCUGUAGAAAUUUUGCUCACUAUUCAAAAGUUUAAACUGAAAUAUCAAAUUUGAAAUAAAAUAUUUUAAAUGAUUGGCAGUAAUUAAGUACCGAUUAAAGCCUUGUCUGUUCAGUCAGACGUAAAACCAGUGAAAUGCUGGUAGUUCAAACAUAGAUUGUUUUAUUACACAAAUCAUAAAUUCAAAAAGGGAAAUUAGUCCACAUUAGGGAUGCUAUGGUUUCUAAAUGCCACGGGCAUACAUAAAGUGGUGAUAGCGAACGAUCUUUCCACACUUUUAUAUUGAUUUUUUUGCUUGUUUUAAUCCAGUGUUAUGAGGAUGAGUAAAUACCAAGAAAUCAUAAUUAUUCUUUUAAGAAAUCAGUUAGAAUUAAACUUUUGAGGAUGAAUCAACAUGGAUAUUAAUUUAUGCGACGAGUAAACAUUGUCGUAGAGUACGUGCUACAUUCAGUGUGAUAUCUCAAGAUAAAUUAUUCGCAUUAAUUACCUAAUGUAUAUCAGUGACUUCGAUAACUUAACAUUUUUGUCAAAGGCCAAAAAAAGAAAUACUGCUUCAGUACCACAGACACUUGGGGUCAGGACAAAUACACACCCCACUCCCCACAACACAGCCCACUCUCCUCCGUCCCUGGUUAAGUUUAGCGAGUAUUUUUUAGCAUUUAAACAUGUGUUGAGCAUAGGUGACAAUCAUAAAACGCAUUUUAUAACAAUGUCAGCGUGUCCUAAAAGUCCAGUUCUACCAUUAAAAUAAGAAGACGUGAAACAGUGAAACUGACACUAGAAAACAAUAGUCGAUUUAGCUUUUAAAUUAGCACCUACCUAUGAAUCCCUGGUAUCAAUCAACGAUUAUGUAACCGUUCUGUAAAAUAACACCGGUCCUGACAACUGACGUUCGGGUUCCGACGAGAAAUCAAUAAUUAUCAAAACUACAUAUGAAAUUAUGGAGUCAAAGUCAUUAUAGAGAUAAUCAAAGCAACGCAGUUUAUAGU